AUGUGAGUGAAAAUGGGCGUGUUAAGAGUGAUAGCUAAACCACGAUCCCGGGUUGACCCCGACAUAAUAGAAAUCGUACUUUCUUGAUAAGGUUGAGUGUUAACACGAUGGAGGUGGACAAAUAUAUCUUGACCGAGGCGCUCUCUGCUCUUCUGGGAGUCACGGUGAAACUGCAGUCAGAUUGUAAGGGUUUAGAUGGAGUCAAAGAGUUGAAUAUCACCAGUUUGACAACUCUAGCCCUUCUUGGUUUUGACGCAUUUGAACUUGUGGUCCAACCCGUUUCUUAUCUAACCACUUUACUGGCUCGGUGGUGGAUUGGUGAUCAGCAAAAUUCAGAAGAGACUGCGAAAAACGAAAGCGCCAACUCUUCUCUACGGAAGGAAAUAUUUGCAAUCCCGGAUGACUUUUUCGACCCAAGGUUUGAUUUCGACUUCACGAGCAUGUCCAAAUCAAAGUCUGAUGUGUGCACGCGCGGGGGCGAGCCGUACAAGCGGCCCUACGGCUGGAUGCGCUUCGCCCUGAGGGUCCGGGACAAAUACCCGGAUGGGAACGCUUGGCUGGGAACAGACGGAUGGAGGAGCCAUUCAGUUCCCGGUGAGUGGCCCGUCUCAUACCACGGAACCGAUUUAAAGGGGGCUGAGGGCAUCAUUCAGACUCACUUCAAGGCGGGAGACCGUCAGGCGUACGGAAGAGGGAUUUAUUCAUCUCCAGACAUCACCGUGGCAGAUAUGUUUGCGAAUAGCAAGAACUUCACGUCGCAAAACAAUGGGGAAACUUACAAAGUCAUCAUGCAGAAUAGAAUCAACCCCCAGAAGAGGGUAAUCAAGGACAAAAACAUUUGGUUGGUCCCCAUUCCAAUAGGCACAUCAUCUGUGAAAGAAAAGGAAAUCGUGAAGAGCUCAAUCCGACCUUAUGGCCUUCUGCUUAAAAAGGUGUAGGAAGUCCAUCAUUAUGAAGUUACUCUUUCAUUCACUAAUGUAUUUCACCAACAUCCUAUGUGUUCUGUUCCAUAUCUAUGUGUUUCUUAUAAUGGAGAUCAAACAGAGAGACACAAUUAUAUGAAAUGUAUUAAAAAGGCAUUCAAAACGUU